UGAUGCUAUUAUUGCCUGGUACUGCUUUUAACGAAGGCACUUCUGAGAUUAUUUGGUUCCUGGUUCUUUUCUUUAUAGAAAGAAGCUCAUAAUUGAUCAUUCUAUUUCUUUGUAGCGUCUGCCUUUGGCUUGUAUUGUAUCGAUAACAGAGAGAAGAAAAAAUGGGUGCUCUUGAUCAUUUUCCCCGUCUCUUUGACUGCUCACAUGGCAGCUCCAAGCUCAAGAAACGCAAGCAGUUGCAGACGGUGGAGAUCAAAGUACGUAUAGACUGCGAAGGAUGCGAGCGCAAGGUAAAGCGGGCACUGGAGGGGAUGAAAGGAGUGAAGCAAGUGGACGUGGAGCGGAAAGCCAACAAGGUGACUGUCGUCGGAUAUGUAGAGCCCUCUAAGGUAGUGGCACGUGUCGCAUAUCGUACAGGGAAGAAAGCAGAGCUCUGGCCAUACGUUCCAUACGAUGUGGUAGCUCACCCAUAUGCUCCAGGGGUGUAUGACAAGAAGGCUCCAAGUGGGUACGUGCGACGAGUGGAUGACCCGCAGAUGUCCCAUCUGGCACGUGCCAGUUCCACUGAAGUUAGGUACACCACUGCCUUCAGUGAUGAGAACCCUCAGGCCUGCGCCAUCAUGUGAUCAUCACCGUUCAUUUUGUGUGCUGCUAGUUGCUUCAUGGUUUAAUGGAAAAUAUGUUGUGGAAAAAGAUCAAAACUGUUUAUUUCUUCGGUUUUAUAUUCAACUGUCAACACUAUAUGAGAUUGAUUUUGAUUGGUUGUAACUUGUAUCGCAAUGUAGUUUUUCUUAUAAGUACUUUUCUCACGACCA